AGGCAGCAGCCAAUGGGCGCGCAGGAAGCUUCCAACUUAUUAGGUGACUGUACUUCUUGGUAAGGACCAAGUUGUUACAUGAAAUCUGCAGUUUCAUAAUUUCACCAGGUCUUGCCUCUCCUUGGCUGGGCUGGGCUGGGCUUGCAUGGCGAUGUCUUCGUCGGGGACCCUCAGCAAUUACUACGUGGACUCCUUCCUCCUCCACGAGAGCGAGGAGCUGGUGCAGUCCCGCUAUGCCUCCGCUUCCCUGGGCCAGCCGGCCAGGCAGGCAGCCCUCAGCGAGCACCCCGACUUCAGCCCCUGCAGCUUCCAGUCGAAAACCUCCGUCUUCAGCGCCUCCUGGAACGCCGUGCACCCGCCGAGCGCUAACAAUGUGCCCGCCGCCGUGUACCACCCCUACGUGCACCACCAGGCACCAAUGGCAGCGCCCGACGGCAGGUACAUGCGCUCGUGGCUGGAGCCUAUGCCGGGCUCCUUGUCCUUUCCCGGCUUGCCCGCCAGCCGGCAUUACGGCAUUAAACCUGAACCGCUCCCGGCCAGGCGCGGGGACUGUACCACCUUUGACACGCACGCACUCUCUCUGACUGACUAUGCUUGUGGUUCUCCUCCAGCUGAUAGGGAUAAGCAAGCCAACGAGGGCGCCUUCCCGGAAAACAAUGGGGAAAGCGAGGCAAACGGAGACAAGCCCCAGCUGGACCCAAAUAACCCUGCUGCGAACUGGUUACACGCCAGAUCCACUCGGAAAAAGCGAUGCCCUUACACCAAGCACCAAACACUGGAACUGGAGAAGGAGUUUUUGUUCAACAUGUAUCUCACCAGGGACCGACGGUAUGAAGUGGCCAGGCUCCUGAAUUUAACAGAGAGACAAGUGAAAAUCUGGUUUCAGAACCGGAGGAUGAAAAUGAAGAAAAUCAACAAGGACCGAGCGAAGGACGAAUGAUGCUCGGGCCCAGGUCCCCCAUGUUUUCAACCCCCCCCCAAACGCCAUGCAACCCAGUCCCCCAUCACACCGCGAGACUCUGUCCAGGCCUUGUGCAUUUGGUUUGUCCUUGCCAAGUCAGCUCUUGAAUGUACCUCGCCAGCGUGCAGGGAGAUGGCUCUGCGCCGGUGCUAGUCAGGAGGUACCCUGGUUUUCGAUUUUCUAAUCAUAGGGAAGACAAGGAGGGGCAUUAGCGUGCAAAGUUGAUGUGUUGGCUUGCCUAAAUCUACCUGUCCUGAAAGAAAAAGAAAGAAAGAAAGAAAGAAAGAAAGAAAGAAAGAAACUACCUUUUUAAUGCACAACUCUUUACGGACUGUAUAGGUUAGUCGAAGUAGUUAAUUUUAUUUGCUCGUCUUUGCGCGGCAGAGAGAGGUCUGCUCUAAUACUUGAACACUGUGUUUUAUUGUGGUAAUUAUAUUUGUGACUCGAUUUUUGUGCUUGGGUGCUGUACCAGAUGUGAUUGUGUAAGCUAGGAUUCAAUUUGAACUCAGGUUGUUUAUUAUAAAAAAUUGCAUAGAGUAUAGCUCUGUAGUGUGAGGAGUCUUUUUUCUGUAUCUUUAGACAGUGAACCUUGGACUGUACCGGGAGAAAUCUCUCUCUCUCUCUCUCUUUCUCUCCUCCCACUCUCUCACACACUCUUUCUCUUUCUCUCUCUUUCCCAACUUUUAAAAAUAAUUUUUUUAAAAAAUGUUCUGGGUUAGGAAACGACUCAUGGACCCCCCAAUUCCUUUGAAGCAAGUAAUUUUAGUAUGCACACUUGAUCUAUCUAUCUAUAUAUAUAGUACAGUCUUCGUCAGUUGUAUAUAUAUAUAUAUAAUCUAUAUAUUAAAGAAGAAGAAGAAAACCUUAAUAAUCAGGCUAGCUUGAAUAUUGUUUUUGCACCCGUGAGCAGUUUUCAGAUAUCGGAGCUAUACCUAUAUGUGAAAAAGGUAACUACCUAUGGUUUACGUUUUAAUUUUAAUCAAAUAAUUUGAUUCUUAUUGUAAUGAAGUUUAAUUUUAUUGAUAAUAAAUUAUACUCUCUAAAAAAAUCUACCUUUGGUUUUGUAGAUUUGUAUCGAUUAUUAAAAAAUAAAACGUCCUGGAAGUUAUGUUUAUGCAGACGCUACACUGUAUAUUUUGCAAGAGUUACCUCAUGGCCUACUGACCAAAUAGUUGUGUCCAAAAUGAUAUUUAACUUUUUGCUAAAUAAAAUAUAUAUUGAUUCUUUAA